AUGCCAACCAAAUGUCAAUUAGGUUCAAUAAUUAGUCACGGUUCUGAAGGUGUUGUAUAUUCUGGUUCAUGGUGUGGUAGGCCUGCUGCUAUUAAAGUAUUUCCAAAGAACUAUGCAUAUCGAGCCGAAGCUGAUGUGAAAAUUGUUACAAAUUUGAAUCAUGUUAAUAUUAUUAAAUAUUUUGGUAUGGAAUAUGAACAAGGCAGUGCCUAUCUUGGGAUGGAAUACAUCACUGGUGGAAAUCUUUGUGAAUUUAUUGGAAAACAAUUUACUUCCUCUUCAUAUUGGACAAUUAUUUGUCAGAUAUUAGCCGAUGUAGCUCGAGGAAUGAUCUAUCUGCAUACACGUAAUAUUGCGCAAGGUGAUUUGAAAAGUCAUAAUAUUCUUUUACGAACUGAUACUUAUCAAGCUGUCAUCUGUGAUUUUGGUAUUUCAAGAGUCGUUGAGAAUGAAACAGGAACAAAGAAGAGAAACCAAACUGCAAAGGGAACCAUUCGGUGGAUGGCACCAGAAAUAUGCGCUCCUCCACCAGAACAAUCAUCGUUUGCAUCGGAUGUAUGGAGUUAUGGUUGCAUUAUACUUGAAGCUGCCAGUGGUCGUGACCCAUGGCUCGAUCAAUUCCAGGAUGAUUCCAUACUGUUUCGAGCUCUUCAACGAAAAGAAAGUGCGCCUGUUUUUACUCAGAUUUGCACCAACCAGUCUGGACCAUCUCACAUACGAAAAUUACUUCUGGAAUGCUGUUCUUGGUCAAAAGCUAGUCGUCCACGAUUUAUCGAUAUUUUAAGCCGUUUCGAAACUGUACACGAUGAAAGUGCCUUUAUGGAUGAAAAUCUUGAUCAGAUGUCAAUUGAUUCAACACAUUUCGACGAAGAUCAUAUUAAAGACUAUGAAAGAAAUAGUUUCGAUGAGAACGAUAACGUCGAAAUUCAGCCGAUACGUUCCCUAGAAAAUGAUUAUGUGCCGAAAUCGAAUAUAUCUAAGGGACGUCUUACUGGAGAAAUUUUCACUAGUAAAGGUAGUGCAAGUGGCCGAGCGAUUUAUGAAGGUCCUCAAGGUGGCCGCUACUAUUUAACAGCGGGUGGAUCUAAGGUCUAUUUACACAAAUAG